AAUUCGUUUUUAUUAUGUGGUCGUUGCUAAGGCCGCGAGUGGAGCGGUUAGCCAACUUUCGAGUAACACGUAUGUAAGAGAGCGCGGCUAAUGAAAUCACCCUCGAUCGUUGCGACAGAAUGUUGACCGCGUACCUACGAACGAACGAACGGUGGGCUUUGUAUUGAGACUUUUCCACACAGCGGACACGCGCGCGAAAAGUUAAUUCGUCGAUGCAAUGGCGGAUUGCGAGCUGCUCACGCGCCGUUGCCGUUACUCGGCACCUGCGUGGCGUUUUGAAAUUCCUCGCGAGAAAUACGGGCGCGUUAGUCGCGCGUCGGGCUUUUUCGCCGCCGUGACCGACGGUUGCGUACAGUUUCACGUAGCAAGGCUGGAUCCAUCACUCAACGUUCGUCUGAGCACUUUCCUCCUUCAGCGGUUGUUGAAUAGCCUGUUUUUGCGGCGCGAUAACACGCCUCGCGAAAGCGAGAAAGAAGCGUCGACGAAAAAUAUUGAGACAGCUUCUUGUCAACGGCGGCACGGAAAUGCGUCUCUGAACACGUCUGACAGCCUCUGGAUUGUCCAGCAGGCAAUUAGUCUUGCAAUUUGCGCGACGACGAGUCGCGCGGAAACUUUCAUAGAAGAUCACACGGCGAUAUCGGAGGACAGACCGACCGGAUGAGACCUGAAAUACCCAACUGGUUUCGCGGAGUGCAAUUGUCUCUACGCGACACGAUUCUCGCCUUGUCUUGAACGAUUGGAACAAGCCUGCGAAGGAUUGCCCGGCACGACGAGGCAGAGUUCAGCAACGCCAGCAUCCUGAACAGCAUGGAGAAGUUCGUGCGCACGGUGAACGAGAUGGAGGACACCAUUUUAGUACCGAGUCGCCUGCUGGAUCUGUCAGUGGGCGACGGGGGAGACACGAUGUGCAUGAAGGGCAAGCGCGGCCACACGGUCAAGGACACCCUGGCCAAUACGGAUCUUUAUCGCCUGUACAACAUCAUCAACCAGAUGAAAACCGAGCUGCUGUGGUCGCAGGAGCCCGCUCGAGACGCCGACAUGGACGCUGAUCAGAGCAUUAUUAAGAGCAGCAGCAGCAGCAGCAGCAGCAGCAGCAGCAGCAGCAGCAGCAGCAGCAGCAGCAGCACCUGCAGUAGCGGCAGCCACCCUGUUGGUAGCCCGAGCGAGCUGACAGCGCAACAACAUCCGGGCACCAUUGGCAGACUCGGCCACGCACGUUGCCCCAGUACAACAUCGAUGCAGAGCGUCCAGAGCGCCUCCUCGAUCGUCUCCACGUCGGACUCGGACUCUGAGGUCGGCAUCGAGAUCGACUCCGGCUUGGAGGGUGAAGAGUGCGCCGCGGACCUCGCGAGCAUUGCUGCCGAGAACUUCAGACGUCACCUGCGCGGCCUUCACCGCAGCAUCGCCCGCAUGACCGAGGCUGCCGAGUACCUGACACUCCGGUAUCAGGCUGAUGUGGGUGGACAGGUCUGAUUCGCCGCCGCCGCCACCGCCA